AUGGAUGCUGUUCAUCAAUCAGGGGUCUUCUGUCUCUUCCAAUUAUCCCAAAAACAGCACGACAAGGUCCAAGCAACUGUUGAGGAUGAUUUGAUCACAACUUUUAUUCAUCAGUUAAAAGAAGGACAUGUAUGCAUUAUUUCCGACUUCAAAGUGAUACCUAAUGGUGGAUUGGUUAGGGUUACAAGACAUCGAUUCCGCAUCCUUUUCAAGUGUAGUACCUCUGUUGUUGCAGCUACAAAUAGAGUCAUACCUAAUCCUGGUUUAAGUUUAACCUUUAUGGACAAGAUUCUUCAAAAGCGCACUGAUUAUGAGUACUUAAUAGAUUUUGUUGGGGUGCUGUGCGGAUUGAAAAGGAAAAUGGAUGUUGAGUGUAAUGGAAAGAUAUUGAAAGUUAUUGUCCUUGAGGUUUUUGCUGAUGGGAAGAAAAUACCCUGCAAUCUUGUUGGUGACUGUUCUGCUCUUAUAGACAUCGAUAGUUUGCAAAAGUAUCACAGACCACCAGUUCUUAUUUUGCAAUCUUUCAAGAUCAAAAUCAAUAGAGAUAAAGUUAGUCUCCAAAAUGUGAUCAAUGUUUCUCGGGUUUCAAUCAACCCUGAUAUGCAGGAAACUGUGAAUUUUCUCGAUGAAUACCAUAUCGCAAGCCACCAUUUCAGUAGACUGCGUAGUAAUGAGAUUGGGGAUUUAGUAUCUGUAAUUGAUGAUGAAUCUUUUGACUGGAAACUAAUACGGACUAUUGCUAAUCUUAAGGGAAACAAUGAGGAUGGACAAUUCUUUGUGGUUGGAAAAAUUAAAGAGAUUGUUGAAAAUCCAGAGUGGUGGGUCUUUUUUUGUGUUUGUGGUCAUCCAAUUGUAGGUGAUGAUAAUGUGUUUCAUUGUCAGCUGUGCGGCAGAGAGGUCCAGCAUUUUAUGAUAAGUUACAGGAUUAAGAUACUUGUUGAAGAUGGGACUUCUUGUGGAAUGUUUGUCUUGUUAGACAGUGCAGCCACUAAGCUAUUGGGGAGAACCUGUUCUGAUGUGUUUUUGUUGUUAGAAGAUGAACAUGAGGAUGUUAGUUCUGAUUCGGCCUUUAGCCCAAUAGUUGAAGACUUCUCUCAGUGUGGACAACUUAGAAGUUAUGACAACCAAGUCAUAUCUGGUGUUCCAAUACAACUGCAUAUCAUUAAAGAGAUGCUUGCUGAUAUUCUUUGUGCUAAAAUAUAUUCUUCUGCAUCAAGAAAUGAUCAGAUUUGUUUUUUGAUCGGUGAGAUUAUUGAUGUGCUGAAACAUCAGAAUUUAGUGUUUAUGGUUCAGUCAAAGAAUGAUUACACUGUUCCGAAUAGCAUGAUUUCUCAGUUGAUGAACAAGAAAAUUGUCUUCAUAGUGGAUCCUAGACCCAUUGGAUAUGAAUUGAAUAAAUCUCUUCAUGUUGUUCGUGCAAUAUGUGAUGAUAUUGAUAUUGUGAGGUUUUUGGAGGAUUCCACCCAUGAUAAUCAACAGCAGAAUCCAGUUGAGUUUCACUCCAAUGCAAGCAUUCAAUGUUCGUCGAGCUCAGGUGCUCCAGUGCAUCAGGCUUCACCGAUUUCUGUUCUGAACUGGAAUUGUUGGACUGUUAACUAUGAUUUUCAUGCAAGAAUCUCAUCCUCACAAGGUUCCAAUUUAGUUGGGAAUCAUCAGCCUCUCACUAUUAGGGAGGAGUUUUGGAGGGCCUUUGGACAAUGUGAAAAUACUGGCGAAACUGUUGAAAGGAUGAAUGAGUGUAGUGGCUAA